CUCACAAGAUUCUUCCACAUAGACUCUCCUCGCUCUGAUAAUCGUGAUGGGAGACUUCCCAGUCGAGUCUGCUGAAACAGACUCCAUGUUCACACAGCCACCUCGGUGCUCUUGGAGUCCCCAGUCAUGGACAAAGAUGCCAUAUGUUGCUCAGGCCGUCGAAUACAGCGAUCCAAUGGCCCUGUAUGAAGUCUGCAAUACAAUUGCCUCGUUGCCGCCCCUGGUGAACCCCGCGAAAAUCGAGAUUGCUCGAUCUUACUUCGCUGCUGCUGCACAAGGGCGGGCUUUCAUCGUGCAAGGUGGCGACUGUGCCGAGAGUUUCAACGAUGUUCGUCCGCACAUCAUCCAUCAGAAAGUCAGACUGUUACAGGAGCAGUCGCGAAUGCUGGCUCAAUGCCUGAACCUCCCCGUCAUCACAGUGGGCCGUAUAGCUGGCCAAUACGCCAAACCAAGAUCUAACCCCUGGGAAGUCCUGCCCGAUGGGACAAAGAUCCAUGCCUUCCGCGGUCACAACGUAAACGGUCCGAGUCUUGGUGAACGGCGCCCUGAUCCGCAUCGACUAUUGCUCGGCUAUUUUCAUUCACGAGCAACACUUGAUUUGAUGAAAGAAGGGCAACUCCCCGCCACACCACCUACUCCUGGGCCCUCCACUCCUGGUAUAGACGAGAUGCUGUCUGGGAAGCCUAUCGAUUCGUUCGAUGGCCCCCAAGGAGCCAUUUUCACCUCUCAUGAAGCGCUACACUUGCCAUUUGAGAGUGCUGUCACACACGGUCGCUACAAUACUUCGGCAAGCUUUGUCUGGAUCGGCGAACGAACCCGUCAGUUGAACGGAGGCCAUGUCGAGUACGUACGUGGUCUUCGCAACCCGAUCGGAGUCAAGAUCGGACCGACUAUGGACGGCUCAACACUGGUCGAGCUGUUGAAUAUUCUGUGUCCGAAUCCUGGAAACGAUGACAACAUUGGCCGCAUUACAAUCAUUACGCGAUUUGGCGCAGAUAAUGUCGAAAAGGUUCUACCGAGCCUGAUCCGAGCUGUGAAAGAAACCGGUCAUCGUCCUGUCUGGAUGUGUGAUCCAUGUCAUGGCAACACGCAAACUACCACAUGUGGUGUUAAAACGCGACACGUUGAUCGUAUUCUGAAGGAGCUGACGAGGACGUGGCAGACACACUAUGAGAACGAGUCCAUUUUAGGCGGAUUGCACCUGGAGCAGACUGGGGAGUUUGUUACAGAAUGUCUGGACGGCACGAAACAGGGAUCAUCUGAGCGGGGUCUUGCGCUCAACUAUCGUUCAUUGUGCGAUCCACGGUUGUCACAUUUCCAGGCUUUGAAUGUAGUCAAUUCUUUUGCAGAUUUUGUGAGCAAGCAGCAGGGCGAGAAGGAAGGUUAGAGCAGAGUUCUUACUAUUUUAUUUCAUUUUCUUCAUGAAAGGAAGCGUGACAAUCCCCAUGGCGAGGCCGGUUUGACCUAAGACAACCCUCACUUCUGAGAAAGGCUUGACACUUCCCCGCCAUAGUAGUGGAAUGAAUGGCUAUGUUUCUAGUUUAGACAAGAUGAAACUAUAAUCAGACACGCAAAUGUUCAUAGCGUGUACUUUUUCGGUAUGCUUCAAGAUCUUCCUGAGACUGGCAUUGCACCCUCUGCGAAAGUGUGAAAAUGGCGUAUUCCUAUCGUAUCUCUAGGAUAUGAUAGGCAACAUAUGAUAUUGUUUCAACUUUGGAGGUGCACCACGUUAUCGAUCACCUGAAGCAUGGAAUUCUGAUGCAUACAUUGAGCGCAACUAUGUACUCCCUUUCACAACGCGUCCAGAGGGUUUCAUUUGAGGUCCUAUCUGAUAAUAUUUGUACUUGGGUUUCAACCUAGACGUUAUACAAAAUAGACUGCUUACGUGGAUUAGCAAGGAUCAUAGUUGGAAUACUGC